AUGCCACCCUCGGAAGCGUCCAGCUUGGCAACCAGCCGCCAGGCCUCUGUGGUGCUCUUGACGGAUCGUCUCGAAAAGCCUUCGCUUGACGAUCGUGAAUACCGGGUCGUCCGUCUCAAGAAUGGGCUUGAGGCGCUGCUCGUUCACGACCCCCAGACGGAUAAGGCUAGUGCAGCCUUGGACGUCAAUGUAGGCAACUUCAGUGAUGAAGAUGACAUGCCUGGCAUGGCACAUGCUGUAGAACAUCUUUUGUUUAUGGGAACAAAGAAGUUCCCGUCUGAAAAUGAUUAUAAUCAGUACUUGUCUGCCAAUUCUGGCGGCUCCAAUGCUUUCACUGCAGCCACUUCUACUAACUACUUCUUCGAAGUGGCAGCCAAGCCAGCCAACGAUGAAGAACCUUCGGAGUCCAACCCGUCGCCGCUGUACGGGGCUCUCGAUCGAUUUGCGCAAUUCUUCAUUGAGCCUCUGUUUCUACCAAACACUCUGCAAACGGAGCUAGAUGUUAUAAAUGAUGAAAAUAACAAGAACUUGCGAAGCGACCUGUGGCGGCUGCACCAGCUGGACAAGUCGUUUGCGAACCCUAAACACCCCUAUUGCCAUUUCUCCACAGGCAACAUGGAAGUUCUGAAAACUAUACCCGAAGCAAAAGGGAUCAAUAUUCGAGACAAGUUCGUCGAGUUUUAUGACAAGCACUACUCUGCCAAUCGCAUGAAGCUUGUCGUUUUAGGUCGCGAGCCGCUCAACUUGCUGCAAAGAUGGGCCGUAGAGUUAUUUUCGGGCGUCGAGAACAAGAAUUUGGCCCCCAACCGGUGGACUCAUGAGGAGCUGUACCUUGAGGCUGACCUUGGCACCCAAUGUUUUGCCAAGCCUGUGCUGGAGUCAAGAACACUGAGUCUUAUGUUUCCCUUUAUUGAUGAGGAGGACCUAUAUGAGACGCAGCCGAGCAAAUAUAUUAGUCAUCUUGUCGGCCAUGAAGGCCCAGGAAGUAUCAUGUCGUACGUCAAAAACAAAGGUUGGGUGAACAGCCUGUCCGCUGGUGCCGAUCCCGUUUGUCCGGGAACCUCUGGCAUCUUUGAGGUCCGAGUGAAGUUGACCAAGGAGGGGUUGGCCAAUUAUCCCGAGAUUGUCAAGGUCUUUUUCCAGUAUGUCAGUAUGCUACGUGAGGCGCCUCCGCAAGAGUGGAUAUUCGAAGAGCAGAAGGAUAUUGCCGAUGUAAACUUCAAAUUCACGCAAAAGUCAAGAGCUAGCGACUUUACAAGCUCCAUAAGCUCUGUCAUGCAGAAACCAUUGCCCCGGGAAUGGCUGUUGAGUGGACAGCGGCGAUUGCGAACUUUUGACGCUUCUCUCAUUACUAAAGCCUUGAAAAUGCUGCGUCCAGAAAACAUGAGACUAGUAAUCGUCGAUAAAGAGUUCCCUGGGAACUGGGACCAGACGGAAAAGUGGUAUGGAACAGAGUAUCGUUACGAGAAAAUCCCGGCUACACUUAUGAAGGAGCUGAGGGAAGCCUUCGAAUUGCCCGGGAAUCAACGAUUGGCCGAAUUGCAUUUACCACACAAGAACAACUUUAUUCCCAGUAAACUUGAAGUGGAGAAGAAGGAGGUUCCUCAACCUGCGCUAGCUCCAAGAGUCUUGCGCAAUGACCAGGCUGCUCGCACAUGGUGGAAGAGGGAUGAUACGUUUUGGGUCCCCAAGGCAAACGUCUUUGUCAGCUUGCAAACCCCUCUUGUCUUUGCAUCUGCAGAGAACAAUGUCAAGGCCACGUUGUUCAUGUUGCUCGUUCAAGAUGCUCUCGAAGAAUACUCAUACGACGCCGAACUGGCCGGCCUGCAGUAUGCGGCGUCACUUGAUGCCCGAGGACUCUCCAUAAAAACCUCUGGAUAUACUGAGAAACUCCCAGUGCUGCUUGAGCAAGUCGUCGCUACCAUGAGAGACAUCGACAUCAAGGCGGAACGUUUCCAUGUAGUCCAUGAUCGGCUCACCCGAGUUUAUGAGAACUCACACUAUCAAUCACCCUACCUUCAAAUCGGCACCUACUUGGCUUGGUUGAACGACCAGUGCUAUUACAGCAACGAGGAAAAGGCGGCGGAACUUGAACACGCCACCGCAGAUGCGGUCCGACUGUUCCAAAAACAGAUGCUGUCUCAAUUAUACGUUGAAGUAUACGCACAUGGAAACGUGUCGAGGGGGGAUGCUCUUAAAGUGACAGAUAUGGUGGAAUCAGCACUGAAACCUCGUCUGCUUCCCCAAUCCCAGUUGCCAAUUAUCCGCUCUCUUUUACUCCCUCGUGGAUGCAAUUAUGUUUUCAAGAAGCAGCUUAAAGACCUUCAAAACGUAAACCAUUGCAUUGCAACAUGGUUUUAUGUGGAUGAACAAAGCAACCGCGAACUCAGAGCGAAGACCCUCCUGACCGAGCAGAUGAUCCAUGAGCCUGCAUUCGAUCAGCUUCGUACCAAGGAGCAACUGGGAUAUAUUGUCUUUGCAGAUAUGCGAAGCUUUUCCACGACCUCUGGGCUUCGAUUCUUGAUACAGAGCAAGAAGAAUCCCAUGUACCUCGAUAGGCGAAUUGAGGCGUUCCUGGUUCAGUUUGGGCAGAAGCUCGAGAAUAUGACUGAUUCUGAGUUUGAAAGUCACAAGCGAAGUCUAAUCAUCAAACGCCUCGAGAAGUUGCGUAAUCUAAACCAGGAGUCUAUCAGGCACUGGACGCAGAUUGAUUCUGAGUACUAUGAUUUUGAACUGGCCCAACACGAUGCAGCCUGCAUUAGGCCACUGACGAAAACGGAAAUGAUCGAAUUCUAUCACAAAUACUUCCACCCAUCUUCCGCUACGCGUUCUCGAAUCUCUGUGCAACUGGAAGCAAUGGGACUGGAUACGAUGGUCGAUGGCCUUUUGAAGGACCUAGACGUCAAGGAUAGUCCCUACGAGAAGCGACAAAGCCAAGAUCUUCUACGUAGCUAUCUUGAAAAAGAGACGACACUUCAACCCAAAGUUAUAGACGAUGUCAUUUCUAAAGCCGAGAAAUACGGGCUGCCAGAGUCUGUCGAGACCGAGGCGACCAAUGGGUCGACAAAGGACACGACUGCAGUUGACACAGCGGAAGAGAUUCAAGACAUGCGCUACUUCAAGGCCGGGCUGUUGGCGAGCUCAGGAAUACGGCCCGUUAAGCAGAUUAGCGAGUUCGAAGAGUCCGAGGCCAAGCUAAUAUUUCUAUCCCAUCCACCAGACCGUCAUCAUACACCUUUGUCCCCCGAGCUGCCCGGGCAGCUCACUGUCAAGACGUCUUCCUCAAAGAAGAGAAAGCUUGCCCGCCCGCCGCCCUCAGCCAAGACAGAAUUGGACCCUCCGAGUUCGCCAUCCGACGAUUCCAUUCUGCCCUCGUGCGAAGUCGAACUCGACCACGACCCCGUCCUAUCCUUCUCCGUCGAUUCUACCUCUGCUUCUACCGUCUCCGUAAUUCCGAGCCAUCCUUCUGAUCUUCCCCGGUAUCUUCGUCCAGAGCCUGUUGCAACCGCCUCGAGCUUACCCCAGCGGUUGCAACAAGCCCACGCCGCCUCCCUCGUCUCCGCCGACUACGCUUCUUCUACUGCAUCGUCACCCUGUGCUUCGGCCUACGCGGAGCUUUCCCUCGAGAGUGACAGAGGAGGAGACGAGACUGGCUCUGCACGGAACCCAGGCAGAAGCCAGUCUCCCUUUCACAUCUCGCGGAGGGCCAUCAUGAAUGGCGACGCCGAGCUGCCUCAGCGGUCUUCCUCUCCCUUAAAGAGAAGAGCUUCCAGCAUGGAUCCCGACGCAGCUCCCACCAAGAAUGGCAGCGCCAUGGAUACCGAUGGCUCUCAGUCCGCCUCAGAGUUUCCCCGCGCCAUGAGUGUCGAUGCCCCCGAUGUAAACGGUCACGAAGCUUCCCCAUCUCAACCACCUCCACCCUUAUUGGAGCAAGUCAAAAUCAUCGAAAUGCUGUUAAAAGCCUUCGCCGAAGCUCCUGUGCAAGAGGGAAAUGUGGCGUAUCUGGUUUCAAGAACCUGGGUUGAUAAAGCUCUUGCUUUGCGGACCGGCUCAAAAUCACCUACGGCGGACGUUGAAGGGGCUUCAUUGGGCCCAGUGGACAACGCCGACAUCGUGCAAGAAACCAUCAAAGACUCAAGUGGUAAGGAUUUCGUACGCCUCCAGCCGGGGUUGGGGCUUGAGGCUUUCGAGCUUUUUCCAGAGGACGCUUGGAGGCUAGUCAUGGACUGGUACGGCAUCAAGGAAGGGCAAAAACCCAUUGCCCGCGUUGCUGUCAACACCGCCGAUAGCAAACAGGCGCCGUCCAACAUUCUGUACGAAUUCCAUCCUCCCGUCUUCUACGUUCAUCGGCUGUGGUCCGAAGUCAGCACCAUUCCUAUUGAACAGUCGCUCAAGGCAAAGAACCCCCCGCCUCUGGUUAUCGCAAGAAGCUCUACAAACCAUGCUCAGACCUUCCUUAAAGAGAUCAAGACUCUAGCCGGAGUCAACUUGGAGCGUAAGACGCAAAUGUUUACCAUUCCAGCCUCUGUCCAAUUACCCAGUCAAGAAGACACCGAGCGUCCGUCGGCCCUCACUCCCCCGGAUUCACCAGGAAGAACCCAAGUUGCCAAUGUGAACCAGCCCCUGUGGCCCACGUUACUCGUCGAUAUUGCGUCUUUCGCCCGCGCUAGGGAUUUCCGUGUCAAGGUGCCGCUGAUCGACCAGACUGCCAACGACAAGUUCAACGGACAGUCGACUUUGCAGCAUUAUGAAUUGACAACAGACCAGACAUUGGUUUUGGAUGAGGCGAUUGGGAACAGUCAUGUAAGCAACUACACAGGCCGGCUGAAAACCGCCGAGAAAUCUGUGCCGUCACGCCUGGCCGCCAGCACGAUGUCCUCCAAGACAAGCAGCAACCGAAGCAGUCCCGGAUUCGAUGGUCCCCUGACGCGAGGACGGGUGCAGAAGAAGCGGCAUGGGAGGAGCAUUGGCGCUGUAGGUCUGCAUAAUCUGGGCAACACUUGCUACAUGAAUUCUGCCUUGCAAUGUGUUCGAAGCGUCGAGGAGCUCACCAAAUACUUUUUGACCGAAUCCUAUUUUGGUGAAAUCAACAAAACAAAUGUACUGGGAUUUGAGGGCAGAGUUGCCAUCGCCUACGGGAACCUUUUGCGGGAGAUAUACGAGGAAGGCCGCGGUUCCGUAAGUCCGCGAGACUUCAAGUCAACUGUCGGUCGUUGUCGUCCGACUUUCUCUGGAUGGAGCCAGCAGGAUUCACAGGAGUUCCUAGGAUUUCUGUUGGACGCCCUUCAAGAAGACUUGAGCAGGAUCAAAAAGAAACCGUACAUUGAAAAGCCGGACUCUACUGACGACAUGAUCAACAAUCCUGAGGCAAUUAAAGAGAUGGCUGAUAAGGUUUGGGAUAUCACCUGCCGUAGGGAUGACUCUGUCAUUGCAGAUCUGUUUACAGGUCUGUACAAGUCCACUUUGAAAUGCCCUGAGUGUGGCAAGAUAAGCAUCACCUUUGACCCCUUCAACAACCUUACAUUACCCCUGCCACUGGAGAACAUGUGGUCCAAGUCUGUCAAGUUCUUCCCUCUCAACGAUGUUCCCGUUAAGAUCGAGGUCGAAUUGUCAAGGCACAGUUCCAUCGAGUCGCUUAAACAGUUCAUUUCAGUCAGAACUGGAGUACCCGUUGAACGACUCAUGGGCGCCGAGGAGUUCAAAGACAGGUUCUUCAAGAUCUAUGACAACACUCAAGACGUAUCAGAAGAGAUUCAAUCCUCAGACACGCCAACAAUUCACGAAUUAGAGGCGCCUCCUACCAACUGGCCGAGCAAGCGGCCCCAUAAGAAGUACAGGUCCAUGCUGGAUAUUGAUAGUCCCCCCGAGUCUGCAGAGUGGAAUGAGGAAGAGUGUGACACUAUGGUGGUCCCUGUUCUUCAUCGGAGACCGCAAAUUCCCGGCCGUGGUCCAGAGGGCAUUUCGCCGCCACACUUUAUCACUCUAACCAGAGAGGACGCAUCCAACUACGACAUCAUUCAACGCAAGAUCUUGCAAAAGGUUGCAACCUUUUCCACCUGGUCCAAGUUGAGGGAUGUACAGGAGUCUGACGCAUCUGACGGCGUCGACGCAGACAUGGUCAUCACUACCGCCUCAGACGCGGAUUCUUCAGGCGACAGUAAAAUUGCGAGCAACUCCGUUGAAGGAGAAGACGACAUGGUCGAUAUCACGAUGAAGGAUGCAGCCGACAAUGCCAGCAACCAGGCACCUAGCCCUUCUAUGACGCAGCCAAAAAUUCUCAAGCACUUCAACACAGAGGCACCCAAAUUUGUCAACCCGGCAAACUUCUUGAACCCGGAAUUGCAAAACCUGUUCGAGCUUUGCUACUUCAAGAAUGAUUCUGACGGGCCAGUUCCAACCGGGUGGUCUAGUGUUGAUAACACCAGGACGCUACCCAAACUUGCAGAUCGUAUUCCCGAAUCCAGUGCAAAGGAAGAUGAUGCGCCUAGCCCUGAAAGUUCUAACAGUGCUGGUUCCGGCAAUGACGAGAGUGGAGAAGAGGAUGAAGUCACACCAGACUCUUCCCAGACACGGAUGAUGGAGGAGUCCAGUGAGGAAGAUGUCCAGCCGGCGGCCAAGGUCAACGGACGACCAGGCAGACACAACGCCAAGUAUAACCAGAAUGGCCGGAAGAAGGGUAGGAACCAGAAAGGCAGCGGGAAGAAGGGUAACAAACGCCGUGACAAGCCAACCAGAUCUGGCAAGUUGGCUCAGAGAGCCAACGUUGUUCCCCCUCAACCAAUGCCCCCAGCUGUCGCAGACGGCGGGCCCUUGAUUCGCCUGUUCGAAGGCAUCGUUGUGGACUGGAAUGAGGAAGCGUGGGAUACCGUUUUUGGCAAUAACACCAGAAAGCCAGACCCAGCUCAGGGGGCGAGAACUUUUGCAGACGUUGAGACUCUGGUCGACUCAGCUUUGAAGAUUACUCAGCGUCGACGAGUUACCCGUCGAACUCGUGGCAUCACCCUUGAAGAGUGUCUGGAUGAGUUUGAGCGGGCGGAAAUCCUGUCUGAGCAAGACAUGUGGUAUUGUCCUCGAUGCAAGGAGCACCGACGCGCCAGCAAAAAGUUUGAUCUCUGGAAGACGCCCGACAUUCUAGUGGCGCAUCUGAAGCGGUUCCGAGUCAUCCAAAAGGAAGACGGCAAGGCGGAGAUUUACGAUUUGAUCGGAGUCGACGACCAUUAUGGCGGUCUUGGCGGAGGCCAUUACACGGCAUACGCCAAGAAUUUUGUGGAUGGGAAAUGGUACAAUUACAAUGAUCCCACGUCUGUUAUCACCAGUGCGGCAUAUCUACUCUUUUACCGCCGCCGCAGCAGCGGUCCAUUGGGGGGGCCUAGAUUCAAGGAAAUUUUUGAAAAGUUCGACAGCGAGGCAGGCCACUCUGACAAUGAAGCGACAGAAUCCGGCGAGGAGAUUAUCAGUCAACGAUCCACCAAAACAACGGUGACGCCACUGACCGGUCUAGAAGACGACGACGAGCUGCCUGCGUAUGACAGCAACACCCUCCGCCGUAGCAUUGAAGAUGAUGGCAACUACCACAGCGGCGCAUCAAAAGGCCUGGACAUGACACAGGGCUGGAAUUUCACUGGUCUGAACGGCAACACGGCGAACGGCACUGGCGGGGACGCGGACUGCGCCAGUGAUGAUGUGCAAUUUGACUCCUCGGGUGACGAUAGGGGCAAAGCACUGUCAGAGCAAGACACUGAUAUGGCAUCGGCCGGCCCGUUUGAGGACAGUGCCUCGUGGGAUAACCGGGGUGUCAUUUCCGUGCCGCCAGACGGAGCGGGAGAGGGAACCUCGGAGGAAGUAACCGAGAUUCAUCUAGAGGGAGACAAGGCGGCACGCAACGACUAG